AUGAAAAUACAGAUGCCAGCACCGAACCAGAAGCCCUCUCCGGAUCAGCCAUUCCCGUUAAGUACCGAGCGGCAGCGAUCAACGAUUCCGAAAGCUACGGAUGAUGGUUGCUGGGAAUAUCCAUCAGAACAGAUGUUUUGGAAUGCGAUGCAAAGGAAAGGAUGGCGAUGGAAGGACGAUCAAAUCACGGCUAAAGAUAUGAAUAAAAUUAUCAAAAUCCAUAACGCGAACAAUGAGGCGGUGUGGCGUGAAAUUCUGAAGUGGGAAAUGCUUUUACAUCCGGAAUGUGAUUGUCCGAAAUUAAAAAGUUUUCAUGGUGAUUCACAAAAAAUCACUCCACGAGCUCGCAUCAGGCAGUUGUUGGGGUGAGU